AUGUGGGGUGGGCGAAGUUGCUUUAUGCGAAGCCUGCCACCGUUGUACGAUGUGCUGGGUUCAUCCCUCUCACCCCUGCUGUUCAUACUGUGCAUGGACACGAUAACGAAGGAAAUCCAAAAGCAGCAUCUGUGGACUCUACUCUUUGCCGACGGUGUCAUGCUCACGUCGAAGUUUCGAGAUGAUCUUCAGAAACAAGUUUUGGAAGGAUCGGCUGCAGCAAUAUGGAUUGCACCUCAACACAUGGUUCAAUUCGUGUCGAUGGCACCGAAUUAA